AUGGACAAUGGAAUGUUCUCUAGCCUUAUCAUGAUCAAAAACCUCCUUCUCUUUUGUAUUUCCAUGAAUUUAGCCAGUCACUUUGGCUUUUCACAAAUGCCAACUAGUUCAGUGAAAGAUGAGACCAAUGACAACAUCACCAUAUUUACCAGGAUCUUGGACGGGCUCUUGGACGGCUAUGACAACAGACUGCGGCCGGGGCUGGGAGAGCGAAUCACUCAGGUGAGGACGGACAUCUAUGUCACCAGCUUCGGCCCAGUGUCCGACACGGAAAUGGAAUAUACCAUAGAUGUAUUUUUCCGACAAAGCUGGAAAGAUGAAAGGCUUCGGUUUAAAGGGCCCAUGCAGCGCCUCCCUCUCAACAACCUUCUUGCCAGCAAAAUCUGGACCCCAGACACGUUCUUCCACAACGGGAAGAAGUCCAUCGCCCACAACAUGACUACGCCCAACAAGCUACUGCGGCUGGAAGACGAUGGCACGCUGCUCUACACCAUGCGCUUGACUAUCUCUGCCGAGUGCCCAAUGCAACUUGAGGACUUCCCGAUGGAUGCCCAUGCUUGCCCUCUGAAAUUUGGCAGCUAUGCGUACCCUAAUUCUGAAGUCGUCUAUGUUUGGACCAAUGGUACCACCAAGUCAGUGGUGGUGGCAGAAGACGGCUCCAGGCUGAACCAGUAUCACCUGAUAGGGCAGACAGUGGGCACCGAGAACAUCAGUACCAGCACAGGUGAAUAUACAAUCAUGACGGCUCAUUUCCAUCUAAAGAGGAAGAUCGGGUACUUCGUCAUCCAGACCUACCUUCCCUGCAUCAUGACUGUGAUCUUGUCUCAGGUGUCCUUUUGGCUGAACCGAGAAUCCGUCCCAGCCAGGACAGUGUUUGGGGUGACCACAGUGCUGACCAUGACGACCCUCAGCAUCAGUGCCCGGAACUCUCUGCCCAAAGUGGCUUAUGCGACAGCCAUGGACUGGUUCAUAGCCGUGUGCUACGCUUUUGUGUUCUCUGCGCUGAUCGAGUUUGCCACAGUCAACUAUUUCACAAAGAGAGGUUGGGCCUGGGAUGGCAAAAAAGCCUCGGAAGCAGCUAAGGUCAAGAAAAAGGAGCGAGAACUCAUACUAAAUAAGUCAACAAAUGCUUAUACUACUGGGAAGAUGACCCACGCCCCCAACAUCCCAAAAGAACAGACCCCGGCAGGGACUUUGAAUGCAUCUUCAGUCUCAGUAAAACCUUCUGAAGAGAAGACUUCUGAAAACAAAAAGACUUACAACAGCAUCAGCAAGAUCGACAAAAUGUCCCGAAUUGUAUUCCCAGUCUUGUUUGGCACCUUCAACUUAGUUUACUGGGCAACAUAUUUGAAUAGGGAGCCGGUAAUUAAAGGGGCUGCCUCUCCAAAAUAG